AUGUUCAGAAUUGGGCUAAUUUUUGCCUCUUUUGCUGUGGUUUCUAUCAUCGCAGUCGAUAGACACAAGAUCGUCUACAAGAGCUUGCAAGAAGCAGCUGUUGAAUGUGGUCAGUACACUAUAAAAGGUCAGUGCCUUGGCCGCUGUGAAACGCUGAUAACUCGCGACUGGAACGAUACGACUGGAAUGUCACCGGCUUACAGUCGCUUCUUCCAACCGGAUCCUGUGGACGAGUGCAAUCUCAACCGGACUCAGCGAUGCCUCCAGACCAAAGUGUAUACCGUUCCACGUCCGAGAACCUGCCAACGGGCGUCCGAAUCUAUUCAGUGCUACCUUGAUCAGUUUGGCCAAGUCAAUUUGACCACCCCACAGUUCAUUCGGUUCACGCCUUUGCAAGAUGAUCAGAUUGUUCUGGAAUGUGCCGCCAUAAUGGGAUAUACUUACGAGCAGGUUUAUGCUUGGAUCAGGGAAUCCGCAUUCCAACGACCGGAAACCCGAUGCAUCUACCGGUGCUUCCUGAUCAGAUCGGGACUGUACAGCGAUUCGGAAGGACUUAAUAUGGCUCGGUUCUACGUUCUUUGCGGCGGAUACGAGGAAGACUUCUAUCAGCGCGUUGAACAAUGUGCGGCCAGAUUACGUCAAGAAGUUCCGUGCAAUGAUAAGUGCACACUGGCGCAGCGACUGGCUAUCGAAUGCAUUGGUGCAGACUACCAAGCGGGAAACUUGGCUACCAAUACAAACAGCAAGGCCGUUGAGGGUUCUCGAGUUCAGAAUAUUAAUUUGAACGCGAGAGAUUCCAGCAUCACUGCAUCCAAUGUUGAAUCCGGGAACAUCAUCACGAUUUCGAGGACAGACUCCGACACUUAUGUCUAUGGAGACACCAACUAUUUUGACAACUAUUUUGAAGCCUAA